AUGGGCAACUGCACUGGAAUUUGUGGUAAGGAUAUGGUAGCACAAACAAUUGAGGAUAAGAAAUAGAAGGUGGAUUUGGAGGAAUAGUAAUAAAUAGAAUAAGUGUUUGCUGUUGGAAAUGUCCCAUAAGAUGAUGCUUAAUAAUAAGCUUAACCUAAAGAGGAGAUUUUAGAUGAAAAAAAGUAGGAACAACAACAGGAGGACAAAUAGAAAAAUGAGUCCUACAAAGAAAAAGUUAAACUAGUUGAAAGCAACGAAGCUUCAGUUAAUCCUCAUAAAGAUAGUUAAAAUAAUCAACAACCUGUUCCUGAUGAGUAGAAAGAGUAUGAACCAGUAACUUUGGAGACUGGUGCCACAUAUGCUGGUUAAUGGAGAGGGAAAAUGAGAUGGGGUUGGGGAAAAUAAGUUUGGCCAGAUGGUUCAGUUUAUGAAGGAUAUUGGUAGAAUGAUAAGGCAUGUGGAAAAGGCAAAUUAAUACAUGCUGAUGGAGAUGUAUACGAAGGUGAAUGGCUAAAUGACAAAGCAAAUGGAGAGGGCAAAUACAUUCACAACAAUGGAGCUCAAUAUGUAGGAUUUUGGAAGGAUGAUAAAUAACAUGGUAAUGGUAAAGAGACAUGGCCAGACGGGGCUCAUUACGAAGGAUAGUAUGAAGAGGGGAAGAAGCAUGGUAAAGGGAAACUAGUAUUUGCUGAUGGAUCCAUGUAUGAAGGUUAGUUUGAUAAUAAUGACAUCCAUGGGUUUGGAGUGUAUAUUUGGGCUGAUAAUAGAAAAUAUUAAGGAGAAUGGAAGAGAAAUAAAAUGCAUGGCUAAGGAACAACCACCUGGCCUGAUGGAAGAAGUUAUGAGGGAGACUAUGAGGAUGAUAAGAAGCAUGGAUAAGGGACUUUUAUUUGGAGUGAUGGUAGAAAAUAUAUUGGAGAAUGGAAAAAAGGUAAAUAACAUGGCAAGGGAAUAUUUGUUAAGCCAGGGGGAGAACAAAGAGAAGGUGAAUGGAUUGAUGGUAGAAGAUAAAGAUGGUUAGAUGAAGCUGCUGGGGAUGGACAUAAUGCUAUUAAUUGAUAAAAAAGAUAUUUUAAUUCCAUAACACUUUCUUAUUAAAACU